GCUGCGGGCGGUGCCGGGCAGGCCGCGGCGAUGGCGGCGGUGUAGCUGUGAGCGGGCGGUGCGGGGCCACCAUGAUCAUCGAGAGCGUAGACGCGCUCAAGUCCUGGCUGGCCAAGCUGCUGGAGCCCAUAUGUGACGCAGACCCCUCAGCCUUGGCCAACUAUGUUGUGGCGUUAGUCAAGAAAGACAAGCCCGAGAAGGAGCUGAAGGCUUUCUGUGCUGACCAGCUGGAUGUGUUUCUGCAGAAAGAAACUUCAGGGUUUGUAGAUAAACUUUUUGAAAGUUUGUACACCAAGAGUUACCUUCCUUCUGCUGAGCCCACAAAGGCAGAGGCGAAGGCUGCAGGGCAAGAGAAAGAGGAAGUCAAGGAGGAGUUGUGUGUUAAACAGAGUUUUCAAGAGUCUGUUGAAGAAGAGCGGGAGAGCAGGAAGAAGAAGUAUUCCAGUCCCCAGAGGAGCCGUGCAGAUUCCAGUGAGCAAAGAACCAGAGAGAAAAAGCGGGAUGAUGGGAAAUGGAGGGACUAUGACAGGUACUAUGAUAGGAGUGACUUGUACAGGGAGAAGUCUGGCUGGCGCCGGGGCAGGAGUAAAAGCCGGAGCAAAAGCAGAGGGUUAAGUCGGAGUCGCAGCCGCAGCAGGGGCCGGAGCAAAGACCGGGAUGGCAGCAGGAGCGGGCUAGUUCAGGUCUGUCGGAAAAGUAAGUGGCACAGAUUACAGCAUUCCACGCACCUUGAGACCGCGUUAGUUAAGGGCAGAGAGCACCGAGAGAGAGAGAGAUCAAAAUACAAGAGUGAAAAAAAUGAUGUCGAAGGCUCAUAUAAUCCGGUGUCUGCAUCUCCCAGUAAAUCCUCUGAACAGUAUUCCUCCGCACAAGCUAUUCCCAAUGCUGUAACUGUAGUUGCACCUGCGCACCACCUUGAAAGCACCACAGAGAGCUGGUCAAAUUUCUUCAACAAUCACAACAAUCCCAGUUCAUUUGGCAGAAACCCUCCUCCUAAAAGAAGAUGUCAAGAUUAUGAUGAGCGAGGCUAUUGUGUCCUUGGUGAUCUCUGCCAGUUUGAUCACGGAAAUGAUCCUUUAGUAGUAGAUGAAGUUUCCUUGCCGAGUAUGAUCCCGUUCCCGCCGCCGCCGCCGCCGGGGCUGCCGCCGCCGCCGGGGAUGCUGCUGCCGCCGCUGCCGGGGCCCGUGCGCGGCCUGAGGCUGCCGGUGCCGCAGCCGCACCCGCAGCCCCCGCCGCCCGUCGUGCUGCCUGUCCCGCGACCACCUUUAACACAGUCCAGCUUGAUAAACAGUCGUGACCAGCCGGGGACAAGCGCAGUGCCCAGUCUUGCACCCAUAGGAGCAAGGCUGCCUCCUCCUCUGCCCCAGAACCUGCUCUAUACAGUGUCAGAACAUACAUAUGAGCCAGAUGGCUAUAACCCUGAAGCUCCUAGUAUUACCAGUGCUGGUAGAUCUCAGUAUCGGCAGUUCUUUACGAGAGCACAAAUGCAGCGUCCAAAUCUAAUUGGCCUAACAUCUGGGGAGAUGGAUACAAACCCUCGAGCUGCCAACAUUAUCAUCCAAACUGAACCUCCCAUUCCCAUUACAAAUAACAGCAGCAAUGUCACUAGAGUUGUCCUGGAACCAGAUAGCAGGAAAAGAUCUCCAAGCAGCAUGGAAUGUCCACCAUUGAAGAAGCCCUGGUUGGGAAAGCAAGUAAAUAACAACCAGAAUAAGCCAGGGUUUUUGAAAAAGAAUCAGUAUACUAAUACAAAAUUAGAAGUUCGAAAAAUCCCACCAGAAUUGAACAAUAUUACACAGCUCAACGAACACUUCAGCAAAUUUGGAACUAUUGUAAAUAUUCAGGUUGCUUUCCAGAACGAUCCUGAAGCUGCUCUCAUUCAGUACUUGAGUAACGAUGAGGCAAGGAAGGCAAUUUCCAGCACGGAGGCAGUGCUGAGCAAUCGGUUUAUCCGGGUGCUGUGGCACAGGGAAAGCGAGCAGCAGCCCCCAGUGCUGCAGCAGCAGCCACCACCCACCCCCCAGGCCCUGCAGCACCUGCAGCAGCAGGCCCUGGCCACACCGCCCGCCGUGACCAUGCACAGCAGCCUGUCCAAGGUGAUGAACAAACCCCUGGCAUCUGGUGCCUAUGUCCUUAACAAAGUCCCAGUGAAAAGGCGCCUUGGAGCAGCGGGUGGGAGCCAGCCUGAGCUGAGCCAGCCCGGGGCUGGGGUGGAGGAGUCUCAGAUAUUUCCUACUUCUACAAGCCACUCAAAAAUGCUUUACAGUUCUCCAAACUUGAAGACAACUCUGAAGUCUGGUGCAGGGUCUAAACCUCAUGAUGUGCAAGAAGCCCUUAAAAAAAAACAGGAGGCAAUGAAACUCCAGCAAGAUAUGAGGAAAAAGAAGCAGGAGAUGUUAGAAAAACAAAUAGAAUGCCAGAAGAUGUUGAUAUCCAAGCUGGAGAAAAACAAGGCCAUGAAACCAGAAGAGAGAGCAGAAAUUAUGAAGACUUUAAAAGAACUAACAGGAAAAAUAUCUCAGCUAAAGGAUGAAUUGAAAACCUCAUCUACAACCUCCACACCAUCCAAACUGAAGUCCAAGACAGAGGCACAGAAGGAACUGUUGGACGCAGAGCUGGACUUCCAUAAGAGACUGUCCUCUGGAGAGGACACGACUGAACUGCGGAAAAAGCUCAAUCAGUUACAGGUGGAGGCUGCUCGGUUAGGAAUCUUGCCUGUUGGUCGAGGAAAGACAGCGCCAGCCCAAGGCAGAGGCCGGGGCCGGGGCCGUGGGGGCAGAGGACGGGGAAUGUUGAACCACAUGGUGGUGGAUCAUCGGCCCAAAGCACUCACCGUGGGAGGCUUCGUUGAAGAGGAAAAAGAUGAAUUGUUACAGCACUUCUCUAAAUUUGGAGAUAUCGAAGACCUUCAAGAAGAGGAUUCCCCAUUAAGUGUUGUUGUAACUUUUAAGUCCCGCUCAGAAGCUGAGAAUGCUGCUAACCAGGGAUCCCGGUUCAAGGACCGACGGCUCCAGAUCUCGUGGCACAAACCCAAGGUACCUUCUGUGUCCACAGAAGUAGAGGAAGAGGAGUCCAAGGAAGAGGAGACUGAAACCUCAGAUUUAUUUUUGCACGAAGAUGAUGAUGAUGAUGAUGAAGAUGAGGAUGAAUCCCGUUCUUGGAGAAGAUGAAACUUGAUGUUCGAAAUGUAUAAUUUUAGGAAUAUAGUUCAAACUACAUCUUUUAAACGUUUAUUUAAGGAAGUUGAUGAGCCAAAAAAAGCUUUACUUUCUUUUUCAAACCACAAGAUUUACCAUGAGCAGUUUGGUAUGAAAACAUUUGGGACACAGAGCUGUGAGACUGAGCUAGCCAAAGGCCCAGGAACUUCUUACAGGAUUAUCAAGCUCACCAGGGUGGUGAUUUUUUUCUAUUUAAGAAGGAUAAAAAGGGGGGGGGGAGGGGUAAGGGGGGGGGAGUUGGAAAUCAGUAUUUUCUUGUCCUCUUUUUGUGUCACCUGUAUUACCUUGUUUUGGGUUUUUUAUAAUGUGAUUGAUUUGUUAGUUUAUAAUUGAAAAGAUAUUACAGGUUUUAUUUAGCAAUAUUACGGGGUUAGGGGAAAGACAAACUUUCAUUAAAUAUUAUGAAAGAAAAAACUGGCCUCAUUUGCUCGUUGAAAAAAGGUAGCAUUUUGUUUCCUGUGGAGUCUCAUGUUGUAGGAAUUAUUUGUUGCUAGAUUCUUAAAUCAUUUACUUCAGUAUGUUUGACAGCCACACAGUCUCUAUGUUGUGCUGCUUUUUGUGAGAGGAGGUGGAAGAAACAAUUUAACAGGGUAUUGUUAUAACAUUGUCCAGUUCACUCUGUUUCUCCAAAUUCUGCUUCACAGAAAACAUCAGCAGGGACACACACACUGGAGUGGAUUUGCACUCCUUCUUGAUUUCCUUCUGUCAUUUCAGUGUAAGGCUCGGUGUAAGUCAGGCUGUUCAUUGCAUUUCAGUAUUUGUGAGCAGGAAUGGAAGGAGUUCCAGUCUUCCUCGAAAGCAGCUAAGCUGGCUCCUGUCUACCAGCCAGGAGCAACUCUCCUCCUCUCCCUGUUCCCAGCCAUGUUCCAGGCAGAGCCCUGAGGUGUUCAGAGCAGGGUGGGUUUCAGCCCAUAGGACUGGGGUGUCCUGCUUAGCCUGGCCCCAAACCAGGGUCCAGUGCCCCAAGGGUGUUGUGAGCUGGGUCUCCAGGGGGUGUCCCUCAUGGCCCAGGGCAGUUCUUUCAGGCGUGUUGAGCUGAACCCCGUCACGUGCUCCAUUGCCUCGCUGCUGUCCGUACCCCCGGCAGGGCUGGGCGCUGACGGCACACGGGGAGCCAGGGGCUGGGUGCCCGAGCCAGGGGCUGGGUGCCCGAGCCAGGGGCUGGGUGCCCGAGCCAGGGGCUGGGCCAGCUCUGGGCUCUGUGGCUCUCAGCCGGGGCACCCAGCAGCACCUUCCCUGACUGCCCACUUGCCCUGGGCACUCCUCAGUAAUUUGAUGUGUGGUUUUACACAAAAUCAACACCAUGUCCAUGCACAGCACUCUUCUCUCUCAAAUGAUUGCCAGAGUAGUCCCCAGUAAUUCCUGACUGAAGGACAGUAUCUACCAAACCCUUCACCUGCCUGUGGCUCUGAAUGUGGCAUGGGGAAGGUGCUGAGCACUCUUUGGGGUCACAGCCCUGCUGCCUCCAUCCUUGUGCUAUGGUGGGGUAUCCAACUCGUGUAAUGUCUUGUCAACUGAAGGGAAUGUCUCCAGUAUUCUGUCUCUUUCCAGACCUCCCCUCUUGUUAGAAUUAGGACUGUCCUGCUAAUGCUGAGGCUAAAUUCCAGGCAUGAAGAAAUGGAGGGGAAACCUACCCUACAUAUUUACAAGAAUGUCUUGCUCUUCUCCCAUGAUCUCUAAGGGUUUUAAUGUCUGUGGCACAGUGUGUAUCUUGAGAAGUCCAUUGCGGCAAACAUGUCCAAGUCCUGACAAAAAGUGAGAGAGGGAUCAAAAGGAUUUAUAUAUUUUUUUGUACAGAGGUUUUUCUUAAACUGUAUAAUUUUGUAAAUAUUUUGCUUUUUUUGUGUACUAAAAUUACCGGCGUAUAGAUUUCAAUAAGAAUUGUUGUAUUUUUGUAUUUGGAAAAUGAAAAUUACAGUGGAUUAAUCUGUAAGAAAAAUUGCAGUAGCCUUUGACACACACAGAAUGGAUUCCUUUUCAUAUGGUUUUAGCUCUAAAGUGACACUGGGGUGGCACCUCUGUCCAGGGGCGUGGGUGAGGGAGCAAGGGCCAUCUUUGAGAGCUUCCUACAAUUACUUUUUGCCCUCACAGUACCCCUGGCAGGCUGGCCUGAGUCCCGGGUGCCAUCCCAAGGGUGGCUGCUGCCCAGGGGGCUGGAAGUGCCCCCCAGCCUGGCUGUACCCAGGGGGUAGAGGGACCACAUCUGGCGCUGGGGGCUGGAGGAGGAGGAGGGGAGCUGUGUGAAACUGGUCUGCCUUUUGACAAAGCUUAUGGACCCUCUUAUAUUUUAGGGCAUGCUGGGUAUCUCUUGGAGUGGUUUGGCUUGGAUUCUGUGUUUCCAUAGUCAGCAGGGCAGUACAGCUGAGUUUAUUUCAUGGUGAUGCUUUACUGGGAAAUUCACCUGUUCCUUGGGUGAAACACAACCCACAGGGUCCCUGUGUGCCCCAGCCAAGUGUACCAGCUUGAGCUGGGGGACAGACACUGAAGGAGGAUGGGAUGGGGAAAGGAAGUCACUGUGGAAAGAAUUCCCUCCCUUUCCUUGCUGAAUUAACCUCAGCAAAAUAAACAAAACCACGUCAUCAAAUCUGAAACCAGGCACCUGCUUAGGAAAGCACCACUUUAACAAAAUCAUGUGAAAAGGAACAAAAGCUCCUCUUGGUGUAUAGUAACCUUGUACUAUAGUUUUUACAGAUUGUGAACUUGUGUAAUAGGAUAAUAGCAGAUAUUGUUGAAUUUCUAAUUGUUUAUACAUUAAAAUUCAUAUAUGUAAUGUUUGUUUUAUUGAUUACAAGCCAAAUUUCUAAGAUGCAUGUUGACUUUUUUGCAAUAAAGUUCUACUAUGGAAUGGU